CCAAAACGAAAUGCUUCUGUUUUGAUGCUAAUUGCAGAGAGAUGGGUUCAAAGGGACUGUCGUUCCUCAAGAUUACUUGGGUCUUAACAAUUUUGCUUCUAUGCUUUCCAGCACCUUCAAUGGCUAAAACCCAGUUCACUGGUUGUUCAUUCCAAGACAUUGACCUUCAGCCCUGCUUCAAUUUUGGCAAAAUCCCCACGGGUUCUUGCUGUAAAGCUGUUAAUCAAGUGGUUAAAGCCGGAUACAAAUGCCUGUGUUCGAUGAUAUCUUCCACUAAUCCUCUCUUCAGUGCUCCAAUUUCAUUCCUAGUUUCCAACUGUCACAUAUUUGUACCUCCCUUGGCACAAUGUCGAGUUCCAACGCCGGCAGUUGUUCCGCCGGACACUAGCAAGGAGCCAAUGCAUCCUCUUCUUCCGCCUCCUCCUCUUCCAAAAUUUGUUCCCCCUCCAAUGCCCCCCGACGGUGUGCGAGCUUCCUCAAACUUGACUCGGGGAGGGAACAUUACAUCAGCCAGGAAAGAAGAGAACUUGAGCAAGAAAACCGGUUCAAAUGGCAACAUUAGCAAGAUGAGUGAUGAUAUUUCAAUUUCAUACGUAGGAGAUAACAUUAACGGUUGGUUGUAUGGGAGAUUGCUGUUGAUUAUAACCCUUCAUGCACUCUUCCUUUGAAGUUGUCUUCUUUCUCCUUUCUUCAUAUAUUUGUCAUGUAAUAUGUAAUCAAGUGGCUCUUGGAUACAUAGAAAUGAAUAUGACACCAAAACUUGUAUAGUGCGAGACAACAUCUGCUUCUCACACCCACCUCAUAGCACAUUGCAGCCAGUACAUCGAAACAUCUCUCAUAGCUUGUACGUUGUCAU